AUGCCGCUACAGGUUAUCUUACUACUACUGCUGCUGGUCGGUACGGCGACAGCAAGACCACCAACAGCAGACGAAGCCAAGGAAGAGGUUCGUGAGCAGCAAGUGAAUGAUUCAAAGGAUGAUUACGAUACGUUACCGGCUUUGGAACAUAUCCCCGAAAGUCUUAAAGAAAGCUUGAAAAAGCAGAAAUUGCGUUAUUUGAAUAUGUUGCAACAGCAUAAUCUCUAA